AUGAGGCUACAUUUAUGUGUCGCGAUUAUUAUAACAUGUGCCUUGCUAACUAUCAAUACGAAUGCUUAUAAAAAUGACUUGGUUGAACCUAUUGAUAAACCAUUCGUAGAAAAGUAUAAAUCCAAAGAAUUAGAUUUCUUAACCUUUGGUGAUUGGGGCUAUGCGAAGGUUAAAGUGAAUCAGGAGGUUGGAAAUCAAACUAAAGUUGCUAAUGUUAUGAUGAAAUGGGGCGAAUCUUACCAUGGUAAGUACGGAAAUAUCACGGCUCAGAUUGAUUAUAGCUUGAAUAUUGAUUCUCGUUUCUUCUUUCCAUCAGCCUUCUUUGUUCGUGAAUCAUACUUUGGGAGAUCAUUUGAAACAAAAGUCGCAUGGAUCCAUAUCGAUACGAAUUUUUUCUAUUAUAAUUCAACGGAUCUUGAUGAUCCAGAAAGAUUGAAUAUGAAGCAUAAUUUUGAAAAGUUUGGAUGGAAUGGGCAUCAUCCUCUAAUUGGUAAAUGCGUAGAGCAUUUUCAGAUGAAAAGACUGAGAUUGCUCUUUGAAAAAUAUCGCGUAGCUGCUUAUUUCGCAGGUCAUAAUCAUGUUUUAGAAUUAGAAACCACGAAGUCCAAUCAACCUGUUACAUAUUUCACCUCAGGAGCUGGUAGUAGAACGGAUGUAGGAUGUGAAGGAAAGGAUUGGGGCAUGCCGGAAGGUACAUUAGGAUUCUUACAUUCCAUUUUAAAAGAUGAUGAAAUGCUUUAUGAAUUUAUUGAUACUACAACUUCUGACUUUAAAGUAGUUAAUAAAGGAAAGGUUUUACCUAGAGCAAUGUAA